GUACCACGUACGGCACUAACACUUCUGAUUUACUUCUCGCAAGGUCACCGAGAAAGAUGAGUGUCUCUCUGGGGCUUUUCCUCCUCGGCUUCUGCUUCGUGCUGGAGAGCAGCGAGUGCAGACCCGGCGCGCCCUGUCUGUACCUCCCGGCGCAGGGCUGCCGCUUCCCGGAGACAGCGGGGAAUUGCGCGGGACAGAAGUACUGCUUGGAGCAGAAGGCUAACGGACAGAACCAAACCGACUCUCCAGUGGAGGUGGCUUUGUACUAUGAGAGCUUGUGUCCUGGCUGCCGGCAGUUCCUGGUGUUGCAGUUGUAUCCCACAUGGCUGAUGCUCCAUGACAUCAUGGCCGUCAGCCUGGUGCCUUUUGGCAAUGCACAGGAAUCGGGUCAGAAGCCACCCUAUACGUUCACUUGUCAACACGGUGAAGACGAGUGCCUGGGAAACAUGAUUGAGGCCUGCAUUAUGAAUUUAACCAAAUUGGCCUUUCCAAUAAUCUACUGCAUGGAAUCAUCUGAAGAUGUUAUCAAGUCUGCCCAAGUCUGUUUGCAGCUUUAUGAGCCAGCAGUGGACUGGAACACUGUCAUGACCUGUGUGAAGGGAGACCUGGGAAACCAGCUGAUGCAUGCAAAUGCGCUAAUGACGCAGGCUCUCAAACCGGCCCACGAAUACGUGCCCUGGGUGACCAUCAAUGGGGAACACACUGAUGACCUACAGCAAAAGGCGAUGUCGUCUCUUUUCAUGCUGGUCUGCAACUUGUACAAGGGUACGAAGCCAGCUGCUUGUACUGGAGCUGCCAUGAAAUUCGACAGAAACUAUCUUUGAUAUGAGAUUUCAGUGCUUCAGACCCCUACUGAGAUGUCAGCUGCAGUCUUUGAGUCGUCACAGUCAUCAACUUGAAACAAUUUUAGAAAAAAAUUUAUUAAUUGUACUUAACUACUAUUUUCCUAUGUCUGAGCAUUUUUUUUUUAAAUUUAAUCAGCCACUACUCAUCACAUGACUAUAUACCAAAUUUUAGACAUUAAAUACUCGAGCAUACGUACCUCUGAAAGGAGUGUGCAUAUGUGCGUUGUGGAAAAUGCACUACUGCCUUGAUGUAAGACUUUCUGACAGAUAUGUACGUAUCUACAAUCUUGUCUGAUGUUUUUACGUUUAUAAGGGUCGUUUCAUGGUUUCAGGACAAGAUAAUGUGGUUUUGGAAUGCGAAGGCAGUUUAGUUUUUUUUUUUUUAAACAACAUGAACAUUAUUCAAGUAAUUUAUCCAAAAACAUGAAUACUUUUGAAAAGAUUUUGUAAUACAAUUGCUGAAUUCUU